GGCUAUGCCCUCUACGUUUCUGCCAUUUUACGACAGAGGAGGGUGAGGGUUUCUUUGAAAGGAGAGCAGCCAACCUAAACAUCAGCAAGCAAGCGGCCGCAGUCGAAGUCGGCGUGGGCAAGGAAAUGGCUCCGAAGCAGCCGAAUACUGGGUUAUUUGUGGGGCUGAACAAAGGCCAUAUUGUGACCAAGAAGGAAGCCGUUCCUCGUCCUCGUGACCGUAAAGGGAAAACUAGCAAGAGGGUCCAUUUUAUCAGGAGUUUGAUAAGGGAAGUUGCUGGGUUCGCUCCUUAUGAGAAGAGGAUCACUGAGCUUCUGAAGGUCGGGAAGGACAAGCGUGCCUUGAAGGUAGCUAAGAGAAAGCUGGGCACUCACAAGAGAGCCAAGAAGAAGAGAGAGGAGAUGUCUUCUGUUCUCCGUAAGAUGAGGUCUGCUGGAGGUGCAGAGAAGAAAAAGUGAGCAAAGUGUUGUUCAAUUUAGAAGCUGGGUAGUGAGAAUUUUGUUUUGUUAUGUUGUCUUUGACGGACUUGGAAAUGUUCAACUUUUGAUAUGUACCGUUAAUUUUGUGGGGAGCGACAAUUCAGUUUUUAUUAAUCAUCCUAUCAUUUUUUUCGCGA